AAAUGCAUUCUUUUGUUCCGCCGUUCACCCCUCUCUGUGACUCAGCGCCCUCGCACUGUCUCUCAGCCUCUCCGUGACUCCUCCUUCGCCUAAUCGCUGCUCAGUCUCAAACCCUCUCGCUUGAGAGUCACCUCUGAUCUCUUUCUUUCAGAGUUUCAGAGACUCAGUCUCAAACCCUUUCGCUUGAGCUUUGAGUCGCCUCUUACCUCUCAAUCACUCAUUCCCUCAACUCUCUACUCAGGAAAUCCUAAAUUUCCUUAUAGGCUUCAACCGCUGUCCGCCGGUCCGCUGCUCAAAGGCCGCCGUCAAAGCCUCUAGCCAUGAAAAUCUAUAACAUUUUACUUAAAAAAAAAAAAUUUCCAGAAAAAUGUAGUUUUGACAUUUUUGGGGAAAAUUAUCCCCAUGGCUAGUUGUUUAUUAUUUUUAUUGUCUCUAGGUGUCUUUGCAGGUUAACAGAAAGUUCACUAGAAGCACAUGUUUGUGGCAACUUCUUUGUGUUAGCUUUUUUAAUUGUUAAUUGUCAUUCUGUGGGGCUCUAUUCUAUAUGUGCUUUGAAUGUGUAGCUAAAGUAAUCCUAAAACUGAAUUAUUUGAACUUCUAGAUCUUCUGUGCCAAUGCAUUUUAACAGAGUUGUUAACUUGUUAUAUGAAAGUUCAAUAGAAGCACAUGUUUGUGGUAUCUCUUUUAAUGGUUAAUUGUCAUUCUGAUGUGAUCUGUUCUAUAUGUGCUUUGAAUGCCUGUAGCUAAAUUAAUCCUAAAACUGAAUUAUUUGAACUUCUAGACAAAUACAGCUUGAUGCUCAGGUAACCUCCGAAGUUGUUUAAAUAACUAAACUAUCUCCAAUACCAUCAUGAUGGUAAGGUUAGCUUGCUGAGUUUCUUAAAUAUGCUAACAGUUUCCCCGAUUGUCCUGUUUGUUUCUCAAAUUGUUUGUUCUGAUUUGCAGGCCUUUUCCUAUCUCUUGAUUUUCGGGAAGUCAUAGGGAUAUAUACAAACAAUUUUGACUUGUCUUUGAAUACUAGAAUGGAUUUCCUGUGUUUGCCACUGUUAUUGAAGCAAAUUAUGUCACAAAGAAACAUGAUCUCUUUUCAGUUUACAAAUUAACUCAAGAGGACAAAGAAGAAAUAGAGAAGUUGGCAAAAGAUCCAAGAAUUGGAGAGAGGGCAUGCUGCUUUCCCCCUUCUUCAAUCUAGUUUACUCUAUAUUAUCUAUUGGCAAGUUGUUCCAUCUGAAAAAUGCAGGAGUUAGAGUACUAAUUUCUCUUCCUAUACUUUUAAAAACUUGUACUGGAAUUCAUAUUGUUAAAUCCAUUGCCCCAUUAAUGUAUGGUCAUGAGACGUUUUGGGGGACAAGAAAAAAAAUGUUGAAGCGGAACAUUGGCUGUGAGGUGACAUUAAUGUACUUCUCUAAGGUGAUCCAGGGACGGCCAAGUCAAAAUUUCUCAAGUAUGUUGAGAAAACAGGGCAGCGAGCUGUUUAUACCACUGGAAAAGGAGCAUCUUCAGUGGGGCUUACAAAAGCAGUGCACAAGGACCCAGUCCCUUGUGAGUGGACACUUGAAGGGGGGUGGGGCACAGGUUGGAAAUGCCACACACCCUUUUCUGGAUUUUCUUACUUGAUGAUUAGUUUAUCUUCCUACACUUUUUCCUGGUUCAUGAAGCCAUGGAGCAGCAGAGCAUACGUAUAUCAAAAGCUGGGAUCAUCAUUAUCUUCAGGCAUGCUUUUCCGUCAUUUCUGUUGGUUGUUGCAAGUCCUUUUGGAGGAAGGUAUGUGGGUUUUAUUUUUGGUAUAUAAAUCAUAUCCAAGCAAGGAGAAAAGAGAUAUGAAGUAUAUCAGCACUAUAAGUUCCAUUAAUCUAACUCAGUUGAAGAUCCUGUGCAUUUCAGUAGUCUGCACUUGUUUUAAAAAACAUGGCGGAUGAAACGACAAUCCAUGGCCAUACAGAUGAUCAUCACGAGACAAGUGUUGAUGACGGCGAGACAUUGGCUGCAGGAAACAAUACCACUACCAGACUCGCAGAUAGAAAGGUUUCCUGGUCAAAACUGCGUCGUGUUGACUCCCUGAGUUUGGAAGCUGGAAGAGUUUCUUUCGCUCCCAGCCAUCACCAUGCUUCCUCUAGGGAUAACUGGCAGAGAACGCUGCAUUUAGCGUUUCAGUGCAUCGGGGUGAUAUUCGGCGACAUCGGGACUUCCCCGUUGUAUGUGUACGCCAGCACAUUCACAAAAAUCAACAACAAAAAUGACAUCCUUGGGGUUCUGUCCCUCGUCAUCUACACCAUAAUCCUCGUACCUCUGCUCAAGUAUGUCUGCAUCAUCUUGUGGGCAAAUGACAACGGCGACGGUGGAACGUUUGCGCUGUAUUCGCUGAUGUGUCGGCAUAUGAGUGUGAGUCUGAGGCCGAACCAGGAGCCCGAGGAUAUAGAGCUGUCAAACAACAGGCUGGAGACACCUUCGAAUGAGCUGAAACGGGCACAGAAGAUAAAGGAGAAGCUGGAGUCCAGUAUGCUUAUUAAAACUGUGUUGUUCCUAGUCACCAUGCUUGCGACUUCCAUGGUUAUCGGCGAUGGAGUUCUCACUCCUUGCGUCUCUGUUCUUUCUGCUGUGAGUGGGGUCAAAAGCCUUGGUGAAGAUGCUGUGAUGUGGAUUUCCAUUGCAAUACUGGUGCUGCUCUUCAAUGUGCAGCGAUUUGGGACAGACAAAGUAGGAUAUGUUUUUGCGCCAGCGCUUUGUCUUUGGUUUUCCUUCAUUUGUGGGAUCGGUCUGUACAACCUGUGCAGGUACGACAUCACGGUCCUGCAUGCCUUCAAUCCCAUGUACAUUGUGGACUUCUUCCGCAGAAAUGGUAAAGAAGGCUGGGCUUCACUCGGCGGGAUUGUUCUGUGCAUUACUGGGACUGAAGCCAUGUUUGCGGAUUUAGGCCAUUUUAAUGUUCGAGCUGUUCAGAUUAGUUUCUCGGGAGUGGUUCUUCCUGCCGUGCUGAUUGCAUAUUGUGGCCAAGCUGCAUACCUCACCAAGUAUCCUGACCACGUGGGGAAUAUAUUUUAUGACUCAAUCCCUGAUCCGUUGUAUUGGCCAAUGUUUGCUAUUGCUGUGAUGGCUGCCAUCAUAGCCAGCCAAGCUUUGAUAUCUGGAGCAUUUGCGAUCAUCAGGCAAUCUCUAAGCUUGGGAUGUUUCCCAAGAGUGAAGGUGAUUCAUACUUCUAGCAAGUAUGAAGGUCAAGUCUACAUUCCAGAGGUGAAUUGGAUCCUCAUGAUCCUAUGCAUCACCGUCACUUACAGCUUCAAAACUACAACACAGAUCAACAAUGCUUAUGGGAUUGCUGUGGUGAGUGUGAUGUUGAUCACCACUUGCAUGGUGAGUCUAAUAAUGCUCGUGAUAUGGAAGACACAGAUCUGGCUGGUUGCAUUGUUUUUCGUGGCCUUCAUCUCCAUAGAAGGCAUAUAUCUUUCGGCUGUUCUGUACAAAUUCACGCAGGGCGGAUACUUGCCGUUGCUGUUUGCGUUGGUUUUGAUGAUGGUCAUGGUGGUAUGGCACUACGUGCACAAAGAACGCUACUCGUUCGAGCUUAACAAGGUUUCCAGUGAGUACGUGAGAGAUUUAGCGAAGAAUCCCGAGGUGAAAACAGUGCCAGGAAUCAUGCUUCUUUACUCGGAGCUGGUUGAAGGAAUUCCGCUGAUUUUCCCUCACUAUGUCUCGAACGUCCGGUCACUCCACUCUGUUGUCGUCCUGGUUUCGAUAAAGUAUCUCCCCGUCAGUAAAUUGGUGCCAGAGGAACGGUUUCUGUUCAGGCAGGUUGGGCCAAGGGAGUACCGCAUGUUUCGCUGCGUGGUCCGCUAUGGCUACAAUGACAAAAUCGAAGAGCCGAUGGAGUUCGAGGGGCAGCUGGUGGAUCACCUCAUGGAAUUCAUCCGGCAAGAGCAUUUCAUCGCUGGCAGCCCGCUGGCUCUGGAAAACAUUCACGAACAGCCUUUGCCCGCUGAACAGGUCGAUGAAAGUCUAGAAAACGUGUCAGCUCGUUUAUCCUCGGCCGAAAUUCAGACAGUUCCCUCCACCCGGACCAACGAGGCUGUCGCAGGUUGGGCAGAAGACGUGCAGUUUGUGCAGCAUGCCAAGGAGCAAGGCGGCGUGUUCUACCUGUUGGGAGAAGCAACAGUGCAGGCAAAACACGACUCUUGUUUUUUCAAGAAAUUGGCGGUAAACUAUGUCUACAGUUUCCUGCACAAAAAUUUCAGGCAGGAGGAGAAUGCUUUUGCAGUUCCUCAGAAUCAGCAUUUGAAAGUAGGUAUGGUUUAUGAAAUAUGAAGUUGUUUGGCCCUCAGCUCUCCAAGAGACUUUGCUUUGUGCUUCUGUCAUAGAACUUGAUAGUAAAACUAUGCAUUUAUUACUUUAUAUAUUUUAUACUUAACAUGUUUACACAAUGAUUGAUGUAAAAUCAAGUGUUAGAACUCCAACAUUGGCUAUAGGCAGCGAAUUGGAUGAAAAGAUGAAUGAUAUUGAAUAAAGUAAUUAGAGUAAAUGAAGUUCUUAGUAGUUGUAAUCAGAAAGUUGCAAUUAACUUGUUGUGCUUCUGUUAUAGAAACUAUUUUUUAA